AUGGUGGUACCGUCUGAAGAGAGCCCCAUCGAGACCUACCAUCGCCUUAAAGGUCUCUACCGGCGCUGGAUUCAGCCAGAGCAGCACACCAAGGAGGAAAUUGCAGAGGCCAUCAUCUUGGAGCAGAUGCUUCGGAUACUCCCACCGGAGGUGAGGGCCUGGGUGAAGGAGCAUGAGCCUACAGAGGGUCUUGCGGCUGCCAAGCUGGCGCUCCAGUACAUCAACGCCCGCAGAGGAGGACCACCCGCACGCUCAACCACUUUUACACACCAACCAGCACACCAGCCCAGGCCGGCAAAGAGAGAGAAUCGACCAGAGUUCUCAGGAUAUCCUAGCACUGCCCCAAACCAAUAAGGAGCUGGUAAGGAUUUAAUUUGCUAUUACUGCCAGCAGCCAGGCCACAUAGCUUCUGUGUGCCCCCUACGCAAAGCUAAGGUCACAGGCGCAUGCUAUGCACCCCGGGCAGAGUUGGGGCCCAUUGGGGAUCAAGAGGAACGUGUUCAACGUCAUAAAGCUGUCACUGUUAAUGGCCAGCAGGUCACUACUUUGUUGGAUACUGGUAGCUUCAUGUCUCUAGUGAAGCAAAGUCUUGUGCCAAUUGGAGCUAUGGACUACAGCAGACAAACAGACAUUUUGUGUGCUCACGGGGAUAAGCAUCCUUAUCCCAAAGUGGACGUAUCGGUGAUCAUUGAUGGACAAUCGUACUUGUUGAGUGUGUGGGUGGUACAGAACUUGCCGGUUGAUGCAAUCCUGGGAUGGGAUUUACCAAUACUCUUGGAUUUGCUGCAUGAAAAAGAACUCUCUGUGAAAAGUGACUCUGGGGGAAAUGGGAAUGUUAAUGUUUCUGGCCCAAGCGAAAGCUGGAGUCCAACCACUCCCAGACUUAGAUAGUAGUCUGUGUGAGGGUGGCACUAAGGGGCCAUGAAAGAUCACAAUAGCCGUCUUACCCAUUGGUACCUCUCACUCCAACUGUUCAAAUUCAUUAUCUGUCACCGAUCUGGCAAAUCGAAUGUAGUGGCUGAUUACCUUUCCAGGCUGCCGCACAUCGCCAACCUCGGGGAGGAUAAUGUGUUCGGGAGAUUGUUGCAGUGAAGGCAACAGCUAGAAUGUGUUUACUCCAUGAGUGAUAGACAACCCUAUUUGGUAACUUUGAUUUUGGUUAUUGAAGUUAUACUGUUUCACUUUUAACAAACGGUAUAUAUUUUUUUUGCUGUUAUAAAUAAAG